AUCACUUCAGACUCUCCCCUUCCCUUCCCUUCUAUUCUCCUCUCUCUCUCUCUCUCUCUCUCUCUCUCUCUCUCCCCCCUCUAAUUGAAAAAGAAAAAAAAAACCCUAAAACACACUCUCUAUCUCCCUCUUAAAUCCCCAAAUCUCGCUAUCCAAAUCUUUUGUUUUUGCCUUCUUCGAUUCCUUCUUUUUCAGGUGGGUUUCUAGGGUUUCAAUGGUGUGAGAUUCAAGCCUGAGUCUCAGAUUUCCGAGGAUCUGUAGAUAAUAUAAGUUAUUUUCUUUUUAUAUUUACAUACAAAUGACAGUGACAAUGGCGUCUUCGGAUAAAGAGCUUGAGCAACAGCUUAUGGAAGCUGGAACUAAGCUUGUUAACCCUCCUUCUUCGGUUGAUGAACUUCUUCCUCUUCUCAACCAAGUCGAGAAUUGUUUAGCAAAGGUGGAGCAGUCUCCUACAAAAUCAAUGCAAAGUGCACUUGCCCCAUCUCUGACAGCACUGGUUGCUGAACAACUUUUUAGGCAUUCGGAUGUUGAUGUUAAAGUAGCAGUUGCAUCUUGCAUUAGUGAGAUAACCAGAAUAACUGCUCCAGAUGCACCUUAUGAUGAUGAUCAGAUGAAGGAUGUUUUUCAGCUGAUCGUAUCAUCAUUUGAAAAUCUAGCUGAUCAGUCUAGUCGAUCAUAUAAUAGAAGGACUUCAAUUCUUGAAACUGUUGCAAAAAUUAGGUCAUGUGUGGUGAUGUUGGAUCUUGAGUGUGAUGCUUUGAUAAUUGAGAUGUUCCAGCAUUUCCUUAAUGCUAUAAGUUCAUUGCACUCGGGUGUUGUAAAACAUUAUGCAUCAAGUGCUCAAUUCUUUUUUUCUCCCAGGGAUGAUCAUCCAGAGAAUAUCUUUUCAUCCAUGGAGACCAUUAUGACCCUCGUCUUAGAAGAAAGUGAAGAUAUCUCUCCAGAACUACUUUCUCCUCUUUUAGCUAGUGUGAAAAGGGGCAAUGAGGAAGUUCUCCCUGUUGCUCGUAAAUUGGGAGAGAAAGUACUUGAAAAUUGUGCUACAAAGGUUAAGCCAUACUUGCAACAUGCUGUGAAAUCUUUGGGUAUUUCUUUAGAUGAGUACAAUGAAAUAGUUUUCUCUAUAUGCCAAGAGAUUUCUGGUACUGUGGAGCAAACUGAUGUCCAUGCUACUGAUGAAGUUCAAAAUGAUGCCCAUGCUGCUGAUGAAAAUCAAGUUGAAGAAAGCAAUCCAGCUGGGGAAUCAUUGAAUGAGGCUGCCCAGGUUGAAGAAGGCAAUCCAGCUGGGGAAUCAUUGGAUGAGGCUGGCCAGACUGAUAAAGAGUUAGCAGCUGAAGCUGGUUCACCUAAACAAGCUGAUCCUGUAAAUGAAAAUUCCCCAAAAUCAGUUGUGAGCAAUGGUGUUGUGCAGACUGGUGAAGACUCCUUGGCAGAUUUAGGUUCCUUAAAGAAGCAAGAUGAUGGUAAUCAUGCUGAUCAGUUGAAAAGCAUUGACAUGUCAUGCAAUGUUGAGACUAAUAUUUUGGAUACUGAGAAGCCAGCAAAUGAGGAAAGCAAGCCAGCUAACGAGGAAAGCAAGCCAGAACGAGCAAUCAGAAAGAGAGGGAGGAAACUUAAUACAUCGGUAAAGUUGACAGAACCAUCUGAGAGUUCUCAUAUCGGAGCUGAAAAGGAAGCUGAGAAAAUAUUGGAUGAUGGAACACACAGCAAGAAUGUUCCUGGUUCACCUUGUGAGGAACCAUCUGUUGAGGCAACUGUGUCUUCUGAAAAUAAAAAAGAGGCUGGCAGUAGUCAGCCUUCCUCUCCCAAGGCUCUAGAGGUUGAGUCCAUGACUGUUGCUUCUCCAUCUGGAAGCGGAGGCCUUCUAGAUGAAAGUCUUCCCAAGAAGGCUGCGCAAUCAAAGAAGAAAGAGAGUUUUACCAAAGAUUCUGAACCAUCUUCUGAUGCUGUCCUCAAAAAGGCAUCUGAAGGAAUUAGUGACACUGAAGCAAAACCAAAUAAACGAUCAGCAAGAAAGGCACCUGCUAAGGUUUCCAAUGAGGAAAAGUCAUCAAUCGUGACAGAUGCAUCCAAGAAGGAAAGUGGCACUGUAAGUGAAUCAGAGGCAAAACCACUGAAGCAGUCAUCAAAGAUGGUGGAUGCAACCAGUAACGAUGGUGAUGAAUCCUCUUUAAAUCAAACUGAGGAUAAGAAACAUCGCAGCCGUGGAAAAUCUAUUCCAGAAAAGAAUGUGACCCGAAGUUCAACUAAAGAUGAUGACAAGGAAAAGGUCUCUUCGCCAAAGUUGGCUGCAAAACUAGCAAAACAUGAGCAUCAAUUGGAGGAGAUGCCUAAGGUUGACAGCAAGAGGAAGCAUGCAUCGGGCAAUGAAAAGGCAUCCGGGACUAGAGAAUAUGAUGCUAGCCUGGUUGGUUUGAGAGUUAAAGUUUGGUGGCCAAAAGAUCGCACAUUUUAUGAAGGUGUGAUAAGUUCUUAUGAUGCUGUUAAAAAGAAGCAUGAGGUUGCCUACGACGAUGGUGAUACAGAAAUAUUAAAUCUUAAGAGGGAAAAGUGGGAAAUUAUUGAAGAUGAGUCUGCACCCGAUGAGGGAGAAUCAACUGAUCCCCAAAGUCCAGAUGUUCCAUCUGAAAGGCCCCCCCCAAAGAAGAAACUGAAAACAAAUCCUGAUCAGUCUACUAAGCAAGGAAAGGUGGAUGCUUCUCCAUUGAGGGCUGGGGGAGGUUCCUCUAGCAAAACCAAGAGUGCAGCAACAAAAUCUGGACGAAGAUCGAAGGAAGUGGGUAAAACAGAUGGCAAAUCAACGGAUGAUUCAAAAAUUGUUAAAAAGCAGGAGGAUGAUAAUGUUGGCAAGACUAAGGAUAAUACCAAUAAAAGUGGAAGUAAAUCUGCUGAGGUUACUUCAAAAACAGCCAGCAAAUCAAAAAAUGAUGACAUCACAACAACCAAGACUGGCAAGUUCAAGGACGAUGGGAUGAGGACACCUAACACCUCCAAGUCCAAGCAAGAAGCCACAAAGACUGGUAGAUCCAAGCAAGAGACCCCAAAGGUUAGCUCUAAUGCCAAGGGGAAAUCCCCAAGGAGUGGUGGCAAAUCUAGUGUUAAUGGUACUGGAAAGUUGAAAUCUGGUUCAUCAAAGGUGAAAAACGUCGAGGACAAGGAGAACUCAUCCGAUUCAGAAAAGGCACAAGAAAGCACAAAGGGGAAAUCUGUAACCGCAUCCAAAGGACAGGGAAGUGAGGCGAAGAGCGGGAAAAAGCGGCGAAGAGUUUAAAUUUACGGGUCUAUCAUAAGUGCUACUUACUGGAGCAAAGCGGAGUCGUUUCUGGGCAUAUGAUUAUGAACCUUAGGGCCUUUAGCAGCAGCUUGGAUGUGUGAGCGCCACAUUAACACAGGAAGCCACUGUUUGUGUAGUUGGUGUCAUCUUUGACAUAAUUGCUAGGGUGUGGCCAUGUCGAACAGUGUUCUUAGUAGUAGUUGUAGUGGUCGUAGGGGUAGUUUUUCCUUCUACUGCUGUUUGUAGAUGGAAAUUUUUAUGUCGUUUGGGAGCGAAAGUAGAAUACAUUGGGUUAGUUUAUGUUAAAUAGGUGCUGCUUUUAUAGAUAAUGUCACAGUUUAAUGAUCAUGCUGUGAGCAAUGUCGUCUACUUGAAUUC